AGCCACAGGUUUCUCAUGGGAAAGCGGUGACCAUGGGGCGCCAUGUCCUGCAAAUGGCGCGCGGCGGCCUUGUGCGCCCUGCUGGUGCCGCAGAUCUUCCUGUUGCAGACGGGCAUUCUUCGAGACCUGAAGCUGCAGUUGUCCUUUGCCGAGCAGGCGGAGCCUCAGCAAGACAUUCCAGACCCAGCUCCGCAAGAUAUCCCAGAGUCUCUCCAGCAAGACGUCCCAGACUCACCUCAAGAGGAGGAGGACGAGGACGCGGUGCCCGAGGACUUGAGCCUCUUGCUGGCAGGAGAAGGGAAGACUUCGUUCGAGGAAGAGGAAUCAGGCGAGGCCAAUGCGCCCGAAGCCACGCCGGCAUGGCCGACAGAAGCGGUCCCAGAAGUCAGGACCAGCACCACCCAGGCCUUCUGCCGUUGCGCCCAGCUGGGUGGGGAGCAGCCGCCUGAGGGUCUGCGCAGCUUUGCCCAGGAGGAACUGAAGAACCUCCUGAAGGAGAUGCGCCAGAAGCUGCGCCUCUUCAUUUAUCCCAUCAAUUUCCACUGCGGCAGAUUUGAGCGGCGUGGCAACCGCGGGUACUGGGUGGAGAAAAACUUCUAUGACCGCGCCAAGAGCUCGUCCAUGCGAGUGACGGAUGCGGCAAAGGCCACCAUUUACUACAUCCCGACCUUCACCUCUUGCUGGCGCACCUACGGCCGGACUCGCGCUGCGGGCAGCCAAAAUGCGGCCAAGAACAUUCGUCGUAUGCUGGAAGACUUGAGCCUUCACUACCCUUACUUCAAGAGGUAUCGUGGCAGAAGGCACAUUUGGGUCUCUGUACAUGACAUGGGCAAGACUGAGCCCCUUGCAUGUGAGGAGCAGGAUAUACAACUCCCACAGGAGAUGUGCAGAGACCACUUGCCGAACGUGCUGGCCAUCAACAGCAGCGUCUUGGCAAACACAGCAGACACCAUGGAGCCACGGAAGUUUGGGGUGUAUGGCUUCAACCGAGCCGUGGAUGUCUCGCUGGUUUGCAAUGCCGAUAGCAAUCUGGCGCAGACGAGCUUCAAAGUAUCCGCCACCAAUCCGCGGAUUUGGUCGGUGUUCUUCUCGGGCAAGUGGGACAAGGAGUACCUGGAUGGACUGCGCUGGAGAGCCAUCAGGAGCAUUCAGAGCACCCACUUCAGAAAGCCCUCCAUGAUCUCCACCGGCCAGAGACCCAAGGCAUACCUGGCCAGCCUGGCCACCUCCGAGCUGUGCCUGGCGCCGCGGGGCUCGCGGGUUUGGAGCCCCCGCCUAUUUGAGAUGCUCUGGUUCGGCUGCAUCCCAGUCAUUGUUGCCACCGGGUACUUGCUUCCGGCCGCCUGCUUCAUUGAGUGGCGAGAGAUCGCUAUUAUGGUCCCGGAGGAGGAUGCUGACAAGGUAGGGGAGAUCAUCCGGCCCUUCCUGGAGGACAAGUCUCGCCUAGACCAAAUGCGCAAGAAGAUCUUCCAGGUCAGAAAGCACUUCAUGUGGCAGCCGAAGGAGUCGCACGGCGAUGCCUUUGAGCUCGCCAUGUUGGACGUGUACCUGAAGCAACAGCGCGUCUGCUGAUGGGACGUUUCCAUUUCCCACACCGGUCAGAGCGGCCAGAGCAGCAAGCGAUACAUUGGGUAUACCUGUCUCGCGCACGUUUCUCUGUGCAGAGCGGCUUGCCCUUUGCCGAAGGCCAAGUUGCACUUGCACUCAAUGUUCGUCAAAGGGCGCGAGGGCUGAAGCUCAAUGAGCUGAAGUUCGGACUUAGAGGACUUAGAUUGUCUCAUUGCCGACUGGGGUAUCUCUCCGCUUCGGAAGGAGCCCGGAAGGAGCCCCGUCAGAAGGGAGUUGAACCGGGCUCUAACUCAGGCUGGAUGGUGAAGA